UAUCCAUUUCCGUAUCUCCUUCCAUUUACCUUUUUUUCCUUAGACAAAAUGAACAACUUGCAUUUCUUGAUUUUCUUCAACAUUCUUUCAUCUCAUCUUUUAUUAAGUUUCAUGCAAGAAAAAUCACAGUGCAAUAUCAUCUCUUCUCCAUGGAUCAUAGGUUUUAAAGCGGGAUAUGUGGAACAUGAUAAUAAAGCGGGCUAUUUUCUCUCCUUUUCUCAUUUCCUUUCAUGUAAUUUUUUUCUUUGGAUUAAUAAAUUUCUUUUCCCCGCAAAAAAAAACAUCACGAUAGAAAGUAUGAUGCAUUAUUUUAGAAAAAAUGCGUUUUAUUUUAUAAGGAGUGUCUAUGCAUGUAGAAUUUUAGAAAGUGCG